AUGUCUCCUCUACAUGGAGAAGUCAUUAGUGAUAAAGGAAUACUCGGCCCAUCUUAUUUGAGCCGUGCCCGUCGAGAGACUGUCAACUCUCAAGCGGCACUAGUCGCUGGCAGGGAUGCUGGCACCGUUAAAGACGAAAGCAUCUUGGUCGAGAUUGGUGCUCACCCGAUUUGCUCUAAAAUGAUCAAAGCGGCCCUUGGUUCUCACAUACAAGCCCUCCCAUCACUUCGGCGCAAUGAAGACGCUUGGAAGGUGCUGGCCAAAAGUCUAUCGUCACUGUACCUGGCCGGCCUCGAUAUUCAAUGGAAGAAAUAUCACCGGGACUUCAUACACGCCCUUAGGGUUCUUCAGCUUCCUUCUUAUCAUUGGGAUAGCAAGGACUAUUGGAUCCAGUACAGCAACGACUUUUGCCUUACUAAGGGAGACGAAAAGCCCGCGGCGAUCUCAGCUGCUCUCGUAUCCGCAAAUUCUAUGCUGUCUACGUCUUCGGUUCAAAGAGUGCUCGAGCAGCAACUCGGUGAUGAAAAGUCCACUCUCGUCAUUGAGUCAGAUCUCCACCAUCCAUCCUUGUCGAGCUCUCUCUACGCCGAUAUUGCCCUGACUGUUGCCGACUACUUACUACAAGCGGCCAAGACAGAUACGAAAGGGAUCGGAAUGGAUGUGUCCGACAUGACCGUCAACAAGCCUCUAAUUGCCACUGGAAAUGGGCCACAGCUAGUCCGCGCUUCGGCGUCUGCAGACUGGAAUGCCCGACGUGUCUUGAUAAACUUCUAUAGCGUUACUGGCGAUGGCAAGAAGACGGUGGAUCACGCGAUUUGCACCGUCGACUUCGAGAACACCGAUGGUUGGCUGAAGGAGUGGAGGCGCAACGCCUACUUGAUCAGAAGCCGAAUUGACAGCUUGGAGCAAGGUGUCGAGCAAGGACAAGUCAAACGUGGCCUUGCUUACAAGCUCUUCGGCGCUCUUGUUGAUUACGGUCAAUGCUAUCAAGGCAUGCAAGAAGUCACAUGCGCUAUGCAAGUACCAGAACUUGUUGGCCUCUGGAGGGAACUGUUUUUCACCAGUUGCUUUUUGGAAAAUCCAUGUAACCAGGCGGAGGAGCUCCUUUACCUGAGGUGA